CCGUCGGCGAGGAGUGCGAGGUGCCCCUGCUGGACGGCUCCGCCGGGCGCGGGAGCACUGCGCCCGCCGUCGGCGCCGCGGCGGCGCCGAUGGCGGCGGCGCACCCGGCCGCCGAGGGUGGUUCCCCCGCCCUGGCGACCCAGUUGGAGCAGUUCGCCCGCCUCGACGAAAUGCUGGACUUCUGGAAGCGCACCCACGGGAUGCACACGGUCCACGAGUGGAUCACGAACUACCAGAAGCACCCCGGCGGGUGGGGCGCGCUUCUGAUGAUUCACGGGGUGCAGGAGUUGACGGGUCGUCUGCGGACCAAGGUGGAGAACUACGCCAUCUACUCUGCGCUCUUCUUGUCGAUGUCCAUCGCGCUGAUCGCCAGCCCCGCCGACUUCAUCUUCGAGCCUUGCGACGACGGUGACGUCUUCUGCUUUGUCGGAAAGCGCGUUUUUGUCUACGGCCUUUCAAUUGGCACGGCACUCCACAUGCUCUGCAUUCUGCUCGCGAUGGCAUUCGUCAAUGCUCUCAACGAAGCUGCCCGGGAUAGCGACGUGUACCGACUACUUGCCAAGGGAGGAGGCUUCACGGCCACCCAGAAAUGUGCUGUCUGCUUCAACAUUGGUUGUGCGACCGAUUUCUGCGCGGUAAUUGUGUCUACUUGCGAAUACUUAGACAUCGUCGAACCUCUGGCCCUGUACGCCGCACUGCUGGCGAUAGCACUCAUGGUGUACGUUCCCACCUCAGAGAGCCUUUAUAGCAGUUGCAGCAUUGUAUCCUACUGGCGCAAGGACCGGGGGGGCAAUCCGGAUCCAGACGACCCCUUUGACCUCCAGUUGCCUGAGCGCCUUGUGAAACAGCGGGCAACCAUGAACAAUUUCAUGCGGGCAAACGGCGGGUGGACAACUACCGAGCGGAGCAUUUUCUGACAGCUGCACACAAUUUCACGCGAACGGGCAUAUAUCGAGCGGAGCACUUCGAUCGAGCACAUGUCCGACGACCCGCGGCGAUAAUAUAGUACUUCACGGGGUAUGCAGAGAUGCAGGGCCUAUUCAGCUUGCUUUGCUUUUUGGGAAACGUUGGUGGAUGUAAGUUCUACAAGACCUGUUCCCGUGGACAGGAACGUGACCACGAAACCAUGCUUGCCACCGCCACUGCGCACAGCGUUGUGGACAUUCUUCGGGGCUGAUUCGUGAGCGCAAGACACUCAAGAACAUAUGCACAAUAUCUAAGACGCCUCCGGCGAACCACCGCCGCCCCCCGCCUUUUUGGAAGCGC